GACAAAGAAAAGGAUGGACGGAGAGUGUUGAGAAAUCACAUUAAGGGAGGAAGAGGAAGAGGAAGAGAAGGAGCAAUGCAGCCCAGUCUCUGUUUAGACCAACCCUUCGAGAACGAUGACGAGGGGCAUGAGAACAUCAAUGAGGACGACGGUUUUGAUUUGGAGUGCAGCUAUGCCGCUUUACAGAGAGCAAAGCAGCAACUAUUGUACAAACUUCGUAGUUUUGAGAAACUUGCAGAACUGGAUCCAAUUGAACUUGAGAAAAGAAUGUUAGAAGAAGAGGAGGAGGAAGCCGAUGAGACACCAGAAGAAAAGGACUAUAACAGGUUAGUCUUAGAAGUCAUCUGCCAAUCUAGCACCAUGAAAGACGAGGAAUCCGGAAGACCACAAGAGACUGAUUUCAGAUCUCAUUGUGGAGGAAGAGAGAGAACUUAA